GAUUUUGUAGUUCUUGAGACGGUUGAGGGGCUCGAAUACUAGACGAAAAUGAGCGGGCAUGGUAAACCAUUCAUUUAUUUCUGUGGAAGUAUUCGUGGAGGGAGAGACGAUGCAGCUCUAUACAAGCGUAUCAUAGAUCAACUGAAACAAUACGGUGAUGUUUUGACAGAACAUAUUGCUGAUCCCAACUUGCUAGACAAAGAACAAGGUAGUGACAAGUUUAUUCAUGACCGUGACAUGGCCUGGUUGGAAAAGUCUGAUGCAAUAGUUGCAGAAGUCACUCAGCCUUCCUUGGGAGUUGGAUAUGAAAUAGGGAGAGCAUUUGAGAAGAAAAAGAAGAUUCUUUGUCUGUUUAGACCUGACAGUGGAAAACAUCUUUCUGCCAUGAUCGGGGGAGCAAUUGGAGAAAACGUGCAAGUGAAGAAUUAUAAAGAGGAAGAUGUUCCUGAAAUCCUUAAAGAGUUUUUUUCUUCUAUUUAGUAUUCAGCACAGAGUUGCUUGGACAGUGGAGUUUUAUUGUCUAUUUUUGUCUUUUAUUUACUUUUUGUGCCUCAGUACAAUUUAAGAAAUUUAUUGGGCAUAAAAAAUGUGCGAAUUUUGUAGUUUGUCUUCAAUCUAAAAGUACAAGUUCUCUCUAAAUAAAAACAUCUAAAAUAAAACACUGAAAAUUUAAGGUAGA